AUGACAAGGCUACAAGGAUAUAUAAUGUAUUUAACAAUUUUACUGGCAAUAAAAUGUAUCAGAGAAUCUAAGGCAAGUGUAAACGAAAGAUCUGCUCAAGAAGAAAGCGUUGAGGACUUUAAAAGACUUUGUCCUUAUACAGAUAUGUGCUUCGAUAAAGCGCAGAAAAACGUAUCGCGUCGUAACAGUUUCUUAGAGUAUCCCUGCUGUGGGUGGUGUACGUGUGACGAAAAUUGCGGAAACAACUGUUGCCCGGAUAAACCAGAACGAUUUUUGGAUAAAUUAGAAGUUAAAGAAUUGAAAAAUGCGCAAGAACAAUGUAUUUACGCUCAACUCCGACCUUACAGUAUAACAGCAUUAAAUGGGAAAUCGUAUAAGAUGGUCAGCAACUGUCCGGCAAGUUACAUAGAUCAUGAUGUUACUUCUAAAUGUUUAAGAGAGUAUCAUGAUUUUGAUUUUGAAAAAGGUGAUUUUAAAACACUCAUGCCCGUUUCUUCAAAUUUAUUAAAUGUGACAUUUAAAAACAUUUUCUGUGCAAUUUGUAAUGCAGCUUCACGCUAUGAUCUGAUUUUUUGGGAUACUAAAGUCGAAUGCGAGAAUAAAAAGAAGUUUUCGCUUUUACAUGUAUCUGAAAUUAUGCUGAAACUUUCGGAGGAACGUUUUUGUCAAGUUAUGUUUGUACCUUCACCUUCCACGCCAUCGAACGUUGUCAGCAUCUGCGGAGAUGAAAUAGACAGAUGCAAUGUGACAAGUACAUGGAAAAAAUACAAUGCUUACACAGAAUCAGCAUGCCAUUCAUACUCAUCAACGUAUAAUAAUUUCAAAAACAUACACUGUUUUAUAUGCAAUGGGUAUAGCAUGAAUGAUAUCAUUGAUAUAUGCCAGAUGGAAGACGUGUAUGGCGGUGGUAGCUCAUUUGUAGCUCUACUGGAUUUUAAUAAUUUAGAACGUUCAACGGAAUCAGGCAGUAUAGGUAUGACAACAUGUUCAUCAGGCUCACGAUAUGAUCCAUACAAGUUUCAGAAGAAAUGCAGGUCUCUAUCAUGCCCAGAGGGAAUGCAUUUGUUAAAGGACACGUGUUCACCAGUUUACAAAGAAAUAGAUUAUUCUCUUCAUGGUGUGGUAUUUGGACUACGUUUUAAACUUGUGCCUACCCACAUUGCAAAAUAUAGCAAGUGGAAUAACCUGCUGUCAAUUGAGAUGACUAUGUACGAUGAUAUAUCAUCAAAAUUGUAUAUCAUGCUCACCACAAUUGGUUUUGCAGACAUAUGUUCAUUUAAUACUUACGUGAAAUUGAACUGCACUCUGGAGGAUACGAUUUCGUUAAUGCAUAGAUAUAAUUUAUCAAAUUUUCUACCUUUCGUCUCCUACAUAGCCGUUAUUGUUGACAUACAGUUCAAUGGUUUAAAAAAUAGUUCUGCGACUUUAGAGGAAAUGGAGAAGAUUUUCGCUACAAGUAAUCAUUAUGCACAAUAUACGAUUCAACACUCCAUAGACGAUAUAGAAAUGCCUCCAUAUUCUAGGAACUACACCCUGAAAGAGGAAUUUACAACAAAGUUAAACGAGCUUAUUCUCGACUCACUGCAACAUGAACUGAUAAUUAACGGGCAAACUGAAAAUGGAUUUGGCUUUUUGACCUUUCCAUUUGAACCUUUGUCACCGGAACCAAAAUGUGAACCAGAUUUGUUAGUACAACCAAAACCAUUCUGUCCUCGUAUCAAACUUAGUAAUGACGAAUUUGAAAUAGAUUUAUCAAACAAGAAAGUAAGUUUUCUUGAAUACGACGUAUCAUCAGAAAAACCAAACCCAAUACCUGAUAUAACAUUUUCAAAUAUUUUGUCUUCAGAUCAAGAUGGAAGUUUUUAUGUAUGUAGCGAUGAGUACUUUUCACAAUUACCAUCAGUAAAUGCUGUUGUCAGUAGCCGUUAUGACGAGCUUGUUGUAUUGACCAUAAUUUGUCUCGUAUUUUCUAUCAUAUCUCUUGUAUUUACCUUUAUUAUCUACUGUGUACUUCCAAGAUUAAGGACAGUGCCAGGAUUGAAUAACAUGGCCCUUAUUUUUCAUCUUUUCUUUGCACAUUCUUUGGCAUUAACAAUAGCUAUAACAGAUAUAAAGCAAUCUUGGCUUUGUUCAACAAUUGGAAUUCUCCUGCAUUUUAAUCUGUUGUCCAGUUUCUUUUGGAUGUUCAUUUCUACUUUUCACAUGAUGAAUGUUUUUGUUAAGAUAAAAGAAAAAUCUGUUUCUCAACACAAUAUGAAAAAAUUUGGUUACCAUAUAAUCUUUACGGAAUCUCUGUCAGCUAUUUUGGUAAUUUCUUAUAUAGUAGUUACGAUCACAACAGACAUGGAUUCUGAAGGUUUUAGCUAUGGUGGUUCAAACUGUUACAUUAAAGGGCCCAAUAUGAUACUUUAUUUUGUUGCUAUUCCUCUUGGGCUUGUUAUCAUGGCUAACCUAGGCAUGUUUAGUUAUGUUGUAUCGAGUGUGUCUCGAAUACCUGACAUGGCACAUAACAGCAGCCACGAACGCCAUAAUUUACUGAUAUUCGCAAAAUUGUCAACUUUGACCGGUAUCACAUGGCUAUUUGGAUUCUUAUAUCAGUUCACUAACGUUCUCUUGUUUGCAUAUUUCUACAUAGUCUUUAAUGCCGGACAAGGUGUGUUCAUAAUGAUUUCCUUUGUAAAUAAACGUACAUUGAACAUGCUACGUUCCCAGAUUUAUACAAACACAAAUGAAAAUGUGGACACCUCUACACAGUCAACCAAAUUAACGACUGUUAGCAGAAAAGAAAUGCAUAUCCAUAUCAAAGAUAUUGAUACCAAAUAUUAAAAUGAAUAAUAGUUCGGAAACAUUUCAAUUAAAUUUGUCUGUCUUAUAUUUUUCUGCUUUAUAACAUUAUUAUGUACAAGGCAUUGCAGUUUCUUAUUGGUCUAAAAGAGUUGAAGAUGAAAAAAUUGACGUAAUUAGAUUCAUUGCCACCUAGUAAUACUAGAAUUAUUUCGUCAACGUUCACAGUUUUUUGUUGUUGAUAUAUUGUGAUAAAUGUCAUCUUAUCUUAAAAUGAAAAGUUCUUAUAACAAAUUACAUAUUUGACAAUUGUAAGACAAAUCGAUUUUGUGUAAGUUGCUAUUGUAUAUCGUUCGUUACUUUUUACGGAACUCCUUGUGUUUACUUUUAAAGAUUACGAACCCUAAUGAU